AUGGAUACACGAAGAAAAACAAGAUUAAGUGUGGUGUGGGACUACUACUCUCAACCAACACCAGGGAAGGCAGUGUGCAAUACAUGUAAAGAUGUUAUCAGUAUGGGUGCUACACUGACAAAAAGUGUGAAUACUUCAAACCUAUGGUCCCAUCUUCGAAUACAUCACCAUUACUUGUAUAAAUCUGCAGAAACAAAGAAACUUGAAUCUCAGCAGGAUGCUGUAACACCCACAACAUGUCAGCCUACAAUAAAUUGCAUGUUUCAGAGACGAAAGAAAUGGACAAAUAUGGAUGACAGAUCAACACAAAUGGACAAAUUGAUCACAGAAAUGAUAGUAACUGACAACCAACCAUUCACAGUUGUCUCUGAUGUCGGAUUUAAGCGACUCAUGGAUGUGGCAGAACCACGAUAUGUGCUUAAAAGUGAGAAGUAUUACCGCACUGAGAAGCUGCCAGCAAUCUAUGAAAAGGUUGUAAGCAAGAUAAAAACCUUGAUUCUGCCAGAGAAUGCUGGCUUCUCACUCUCCUUUACAACGGAUUGCUGGUCAGGAUCAACAGAGUCAAUGAUGAGCCUAACAUGCCAUUUCAUUGACAAUGAAUGGAACAGAAGGCAGGUUGUUUUAAAUACCAGAGUAAUGCACGGAUCCCAUACAGGGGACUACAUCAAAGACACAUUUCUGCAAAUGCUGGAGGAAUGGAAAAUUACCAAAGACAGAGUAGCUCUUGUUCUGCGAGAUAAUGGUGCCAACAUGGUGAAGGGCUUGAGGCUUGCUGAUAUUCCAGACCUUAGCUGCACAGCACAUUCGUUGCAGCUGGUGGUGAAUGAUGGUCUGUCCAGCCAAAGAGCUGUGAUAGAUGUGAUUGCCAUCCUAAAGAAAUGUGUCACUCACUUCCAACAUUCCAUCUUGGCUAAGCAGCGUCUGAGAAACAUCCAAAGGGACCUUGGCCUACCGAAGCGUGCUCUGAGCAUCUACUCUGGGGAACAUGGCGGUUUUACAUGCCCAGCUGCUCACCAGUGGGACAUUGUGUCCAAUUUGGUUGAAACACUCAUCCCCAUUGAAGAAGUGACACUAGAGGUAAGCUACAGUAAUGCAUCUGUGUCCAGCAUCAUUCCCUGUGUGACAGUGCUUAAGAUGCUACUUGAAGAUGAAGGGCCAUCAACACAGGGCAUCAAAACACUGAGGGAUGUAAUGAGGGAGAGCCUAAUCAAACGAUUUGCCAAAAUUCAACAAUUAAAAACUGUGGUUCUGCCAUGUCUUUUAGAUCCACGUUAUAAGAGUCAUGCAUUCUCCUCUACCUCUACACUUAACCAGGCCAAAGAAUGGCUUAAAGAAGAUUUAGAAGAAACUGAGAGAGCCAAUCAAGAGCAGCAGGCUGAUGGAGAGGGUCCCACUGCACAAGACCAAACCCCUAAAAGGCAAAGGAGAGAAGAGACACCCUGCCAUGUCCGAAUAGACAAGAUCUUUAGUUCUCUUCUUGGCAACCACACUGAUGAUCCGUCGGCUGAGGACAGGAUUGAGGACGAGUUACAUCAGUACCUCAAAGAGCCAGUGAUUGACAGGCAUAAGGAUGAUCCACUCCAGUGGUGGAGACAGAAUGAAGGGCGGUUCAAGCUACUUGCCAAAAAAGCACGAAAAUUUCUUGGCGCACCACCCUCAUCAGUCCCAAGUGAGCGUGUCUUCAGUGAAGUGUCUGCAAUUUACGAAAAGAGACGAAGCAAGCUCACUGGAGAGCAUGCAGAGCAGCUCUGCUUCCUGCACCACAACCUGGUGUUGCUGAAUUGGGACUACUAA